GCAGUUCUCGCCAAAACCCGCAGGGCGGGUCGUUACCGCAAGAAGCCAUUUUUUGUUUCCUUGAAUGUGCGGACGUUUGGCGGCCGGGGAAGGAGGGCGAGUUCGCAGGAAGGGAGAGCUGGAGGGGAAUGGUGGCUGAAUCCCGGUCGCGCGACCGGAAGUCUAGUGGAAGCCGGAAAUUGCUGGGGGGGCGGGCCUCCCAGCCAAGCGGCCCGGGCGAUCUCUCCAGGCUCCCGCAGUCCCCCGAGGCAGGAGGCAGCCCCGGGGGCGCGGGCUGAAGCGGGGCUCUGUAUGGAUUUUAUAUUGGAAGACAUGGAUCUUGCUGCCAAUGAGCUCAGCAUCUAUGAUAAACUUUCUGAGACCAUCGAUUUAGUGAGGCAGACAGGACAUCAGUGUGGAAUGUCAGAGAAGGCAAUUGAAAAGUUUAUCAAACAGCUGCUAGAGAAGAAUGAACCACAGAGGGGACCACCUCGACAUCCUCUGCUCAUGGUUGCUUACAAGGUCCUGAUCACACUGGGGUUAACCCUGCUCACUGCCUACUUUGUGAUUCAGCCCUGUAGCCCUUUACCACCUGAACCAGUCCUCUCUGGGGCUCACACCUGGCGCUCUCUGAUCCAUCACAUCAGGCUGAUGUCCCUCCCCAUUGCCAAGAAGUAUAUGCUUGAAAAUAAGGACUUUGUUCCUCUGUCUAAUUAUAAUGAGCCCCCAAGCGACGACGGAUACCCAGAAUGUGAUGACUGGUGGAAAACAGACUGCAACCCAAACAAUUCUACCAUCCCUUCUAACUGCACUGGCUGUGCAGUGCUUACAGGCCUCCAGGUGGUGCCACUCAUGUCAGAGUUACCCUCCCAAUUUGAUAAACUCCAGCCUCUGCUGAUCAAGACUGGACAGACUCUGACAUCCAAGGAGCUUCAGCUUUUUCAGUGCCAGUACCCGGAGUUGACAGAAGGGAUCUCAGAAGGAAUAUUAACCCGGUGGUGGAAUUGUUUCCCUCAUCAGCGUUUCCCUUUUAGUUUCCCGUGGAGCAAACCUCUGAAUAGAACAAACAUUCUACAUCAGCUUUUCCCUGUGUUCAAUUCCUUGCCAUUUCCCAAAGAUGCCUCCUUGAAAAGCUGCUUUGUCGCCCACCAACCACCUGUACUAGGGAGUAAGAUGCGUGCAGUUCAUGACCUAUUUGUCAUCGGCAGUGGUGAGGGCAUCAUGUACCUCACUCCUCCUGUUGAGUGCAGAAGGCACUGUAAUACUGUGGUGAUGCAGCUGGAGCCAGGGGACAUCGGCUAUGCCAGUGUGGAUUAUUGGAAGAUAAGUGUUGGGCCAAGAGGAACAGAGCCCUUGGUGAUCUGUGAUGGAACUACCAACUCAGAAAUGUAGAGAAACAGGAUUCUGUCCCAGGAGAACCUGGUAGAGCUGAAGAGAAGAUCAGGCUGCUCAGGCUAAAUCCUAUGUUCCUGGUGAGCUCCAGAUUGUCUGACUCCUUGGAGAAUUCUCAAGAAAAGGGAACACUCAAAAAGAUGGCACCCGUCUGACCUGACAUCUGGCAGCUGAGCCCUACCACUGUCCCACUGAAGGGGCUCUGCAUAGAAAAAAGGAGUAGAUUCUGCCCUUUUUGCUAACUCUAAGUUUACAACUUUCUGCCAUAGAGGCUACAAGACCAUCCUCCUGAGAGCAGAGCCCAAGCAUAUUUAGGCCCCUCUCUCCUGACUCUCUCUCCUAUUUAGGCUUCUGUAUUUUACAGAUCUAUAAUAGAGGCUCCCUCAGGGAUGCUUUCAUCAUUAUCCUCAGUAAUAUUGACUAUAGAGUAGCCCACGUUAGCAAGAUAAACCCUGAGCAACCAACAUGUCCUCAGAUAGCAUACUUAGCAAGUAUACUUCUUUCCCAGUAUCCUUCCUAGCGACCUUAGGAACUUCAGACACUGACUAGAGCAUGAUGGUAAUUUGAUUGGGCAGUUCCUAGGGGCAGUAUUCUCCCAAAUUGUUCAGAUUCUAUUUUUUUUUCUUCUCUUUUUCUUCUGUAUCUGGUUUUUUUCUCAGUAACACAUCUCAUAAUCCCACCUGUGUCAAGAGAUUCUGUUUUGCUUUACCAAAAUGUCUUUCAGAGGGAGAGUAUUGCUAAAGUAGGCCAGCCUGGGAAGCAGUUUGCUUCCUGGCCUUGAUCUUUAGGAUUUGAAUUUCUUCUAUGAAAGAUGGUUUACAGAUGUGUCAAGCUGAUGUCAUAGUGUGGUUAGGGGAGGAACUCAGGACAUGCGUUGUUGGCUGCCUAAUGUUGGUGGGGUGUGAGGCUGCUGUUUUACUGAGAAAUAAGGUGGGUUGUUGCUUUUUUUCAGUCUCGUAAAGCUGUUUUGUUUUCAUUGGGCAUUUGAGUCUAGUAAAAAAUUUUCUGAAAUGCUGUAAUUCAGCACCAACAAUACAGUGUAAAUGGUAAGGUUCAUUUCUUGUUCUGCUGCCUUUCUUGAAAAUGUUAAGACACCUACGGUACCCAGUGGGUAGGCAGGCCAUUGCUCAGAAAGAGACAAGACUAACCAUUCUGUGACUGUAUUUGGAGCUGCAGAAAGUCAGUGUCUAGAACGGAUCUUUUUUCUCGAGACUAAUGUUACUGACUAGAGAGACUAGUGUUGAGGGCAGUUCAUCCUGAUGUCCACCUCAGGAGCUGCCUGCAAGGCCUCAUUCUCAACAUCAGGAGAAACCCUAUAAAGCUCAAAGCUCCAGGUUCUUCUGUCAGUCUUAUGAAUCAUGUGGUCCCUUCUUUUCUACUUAACAUGAUUUCCUAUAUUAUAGUUCUACCUAUUGUUUUAUAAAGGGACAUAAGAAUUUAGAGUGGUAGUUCCAUAGCUGCUGUGUAGAUGAGUCAUUUUUAACCAUCCUAGAUUGUUCUUGAUAAACUGCCCUAGACUAGAAAAAAUAAUGGAUUAUAUUCAGUGGCGCCAUUGGUUAAAAGAAGCAGCCACUUUUUAUAUCAGUAUGUGAAAACUCAAACCAAUAUCUCCUUAUAGAAGAUACAGUCCUUUUAGAAUCAUGACUUGGGUAUGCUUUAGAAUUCAGAAGAGAAGGUCGGAUGGGAACUUAGGCAAACAUACAAAGUUCCUUGUGGCUUACUCCAUAUGGAGCGUGAAGGGGAAUAAAACUUAUUGACUCAGCUUUAGAUGUCUUUGGCACCUCUGGCCAAGUGUAUGCCCAUCUUCUCCCUGCUUUCAAAGGGCUACUUCACAACAAUUGUUCUGGUAGAUGGGACUCCUAGGUUUGUCUCUUGGAGGAGCUGAUAAGAACGUAGCCACAUCAUAGGCUCUUAGAGCCUAUUCAGAACUGAAAGGGACCUUAGAGACCCUUUCAUCCAGUCCCCAGAGAUUAUGGAAGAGAUGGAGGGGCCCACAGUGCACGGUGACUUGCCCAUAGUCACCUAGACAGUCAGGGGCAGAGGCACGAGUUGAACUCAGGAGCUCUCACUCCAGACCCCAGCUUUCUUCCUCCACCCAGAGGAGGUCCGACUAGAGCUCAAAGGCUCUGGGGAACAUCACAUUUACAUGAAGCAGUGACCUUGAAGGACUAAGCAAUGGAGGUCUUAGCAGACUCAUCACUAAACGGUGACCCACCAGGAUAUUCCAGUGGCUGUAGUUUUGCCACUUCCACAAAGGACCAUUGCAACAAGUUAUUAGAAAUAAUGUAGACCUCUAAAUUGUACCAUUGUUUUGAAGCUGUUUGAUGGUCUGAAAACUGUAAGUCUUAAGGACUAGGCUGAAGGCCCAUUUAAAUUUUACCAGUUUCAUGGCUUGCUGUGGCCAAAAAAAGCUUUGUUGGCCAGCCUUUGGCUGCUGUGCCUCUCUAUUCCUAGGCUGGUCCUCAGGAAAUAAACUUUGUUCCAAACCUGGGACCAUCUUCAAAGCCUUAUCAACCUGGGAAUACCUGCCUUUGUUAACAAUACCUUUGAGUUCACCUGGAGUCACCUCCAUGCCAUGGUGAAGCAUCUGCCUAAGACCUCUGAAAUUCACAAUUGGAAUUGACUGAGCCAGACUGAGUUGGCUGUUCCUGGCUUCUGGAGGUACAAUUAUCCAGAAAUGAGGUGGCCAUUGUACAGACUAAGCUGCACACUGAGACCUAUACGUGUUACAAGAUCAGGCUUUUGUUUUCUCACAGCGGAGAUAAUUUCAUCACUAGAAACUGUCUUUAUCUCUGACUGACUUUGGAUAUUAGCUACUUUAGUAUGGAAUCCGGUUAGUUCCAGCUUGGUCCCUUUUACUACAUUAAAUAUCUCUAUUGAGAGAAAAGAUGAGGAUGGCAAGGGGGACAUAUAGCUGGUUUCCAGAGCCUUCUACUUAGAAGAAUCAGGUCUAGGAAAAGACCUAAACACCUUGUCAUCAGAGGACUGACCACCAAGUGAUUUUCCUUUUUGACCAUAGCAACCCCCAAAAACUAUCCACUAAGGUGUGGGGAGAAGCGACCAUGAUCUGCUUUGGUGGAGAAAAGAACUGUGGUGUUGGAAAAUACUGAUUCUUAAGGUCACAGUGUUAGUUGGUAUUAGAGGACAUCUACAAACAGGACAUCUGCAGCUCUCAGAUGGCCACUGCCAGAGGCUUAGGUGAGCUUAUUUUACUUUUUUGUGUACCUACUUUUGUAUACCUUGGAAUUAGGCUAUCUGGGGGGAAAGGCACGGAGGCUCCUAAGCUUUAAAAUGUAUUAGUCAGUCAGUAGCAUUUAUUAAGUACGUACUAUAUGUCAGGCACUGUACCAAGUGCUGGGGAUACAAAUACAAAUAUAAAACAGAAGUCCCUGCCCUCAAGGACUUUACAAUCUAAUAGGUGAAGACAAUAUACAAAGGGAAGAAGCUGAAAAGAGGGUGGGGGGAAGAGGAUCAAAAAAAAUUAUUAAAAAUUGUUUUUACAAGAAUCUUCUAGGAAGGAAUACAAAGGAAAACAGGUGAAAACAGGCUCUUUGUCUUUUAUGACGAUCAGUUUUAAAUUUAAUCACACAAUAUGGUAGUUAGAAGAUGAGCUUGUCCAAGACAAUUCUCCAGACCCAGGUGCUUUCAGAUAUGUCACCAGGCAAGGUUAUGGCCCGGUUUUAGUUGUGGUCCUCUCAAGAUUGGUUUUUCAACACUCAAUUCCCUGUUCCCUUCUGCAAAGGAGGGGAACCUUCCAUGACCAGGGUCCUCUUCAGGACUUGAGGCAGGAGCAGUGCUUUCAAAACCAAAAGUAUCUUGCUAUAGGAAUGGCACUAGGAAGUCAACACUGAAAUCCAUAGCUUUGGGGUUUUUUCCCUUCUGUCAUUGUUGUAUCAUUUAAUAAAUGUUAAAAGGGUGGGGCUUUUACAGUUUUUAUACUGAUCAUUCAAAGUCUAGUCUCUUUCCUUCUCUUUCUCUUUUGCUUUACAUAGCUGAAAAAGGCCACAUUGGGAAAGGAGGAGAGUUGGUGAAGUCAGAGGUAGAAAGCUCUGCCUAGCCCUAGUUGCAUAGAGAUUUAACAGUACUUCCUGGCAGUUAGGCAAUGGGGUGUGUUUCUCCUUUGGAGCCUCUGUUAGAAACUGAAGAGAUCUCCUCACUUUUCAAGUUUUAUCAUCCCCUUUGCGUCUCCCAGUGGUGGUUCUGUAGCUUAACAGGGUUCUACUUCUAAAUUGCUUUGGAGGAUUUUAAAUUAAUGAUUCUUCUCAUGUCUGAUCCCUGAAAAGUUUAUACAUGAAACACUUAAGAGUCAGGGCCUGGAGGAAAAUAUGAGAGUGGGUGUACAACCUUUGAAGUUGAUGUUAAAUGGGAAGGCUGUGGUACUAUAAUAUACUUCUCCCCACUGCCAUCAGCAUUCAUUUCUCUACCCACUCUUCCCCCCCAAAAGCUGUUGCUCUUUGCAUGGCACUGAUUCCAAGAGACUGCAAUUCCAGAAUGUUUGUGUAUAGAAAGACAAAAUUUUAGAAAGAGACUCCUGCAAACUGUUGCACACCCUCCUUUUCCUUAACUUCAGCCAACUCUUGUCGUGGAUUGAAACGGUGAAGGCCUGAGCAACCUCUCUGGCAAGAUGGAGAAAAAUUUAGAUGGUGCCCAUCUGUCAGGCGAUCACACUGCCCCUUCAUCCUGAGGGAUUUGAGUCUUCUUCCCAGCGGGGCCUUGCCACACUAGGUUUUUUUAAUGAGAAAUUGUUAUUAAUACUUUUUGUUUUAACAUCACCUACUUUUCCCAAUAUAGCCUUCCCAUCCCUUCUCAGAGAGUUUUCCUUUAUAUAACAAUUUUUAAAGGGGAAAAACAUAAUUCAGGAAAACUGACCAGCACAUCAAAAAAAAAAACCUAGCAAGGCCACAGUAGAUCUGUAAACUAGGAUUCCCAAGUGGUUCAGACAGACAGACUCACCUCUGGACUCCAGGCACAACUUCAAGCUGCCUGUCAUGGUUACUAAAGUAUGGGAGUCAGGUAAGCAGAAUCUAUGGAAAUGGGAGGCAUAUAUUAACUAUCCUAGCAAACCUCUUCCUCACUGAGAUCCUGUAACUGUAAAAACAUUCCUGGGGAAGGGGAGUGAGUUUUGGAAGACUUAACAGGUGGUGUUUCUUAUGCACCACAUCCAAGUGCACCACACCCUGUGAGCAGUGAGGGCUUAAGUGCUAGUCAGCUAGUCAUGCUCAGAAAUCAUCCACCACCCAGCACUUCUAGACAUCUGGCCCCAUAAUGGCCUGGAUAAUGUGAGAGUUCUUUUGGUCUGCUAUUCCUUUCUCUUGAGACCUCAAAACUUCCAUGCUUUUUUAGUGAGGGUUAUUAAAUAAUUUUGGUAAGUAGAUACAUGUGGUAUUGUGAUUCUGCUUAUAUAAUUACCACUUCUCUACCUUUUGGUGUGUGUCAGUCAACAGACACUUACCAACUCACUGCUGCAAAGGCUCUUGAACAGAAAGAGGAAACAAGCUCAUGAAUGGUGAUGUUAGAAAAGGCAUCCAGUAAGCCACCUUUAUCCACCUACAGUGAGUGGCCUUUUUCCUGUCACUGUACUUGGUUCCCUUCCAGUCAGCUAGGUAUUGCCAACUUCCUGUUGUAAUCUGUGGUAUGAGUGACAGAUCAAUGGAAGCCACAGAUAAUCCCUAGUCUCAUUUUAAACAGAUAAGGCUUCAACCUUCUUCCCCUUCCAAAGCUACCUGAUCAGUUUUGAACAUGUGGCAAAAGCAGUGGGAUUUGCCCACCUUUUUCCUGCCCCUCUGGUGCCUGGCCUUUCUGUGGCAUGCAGAAUGAAGGAGAGGAAUUUGAGAAGCCCUAGAAAAUCCAGACUGAAUUAUCAGCCCCUCAGAAAUCAAGCAGGGAAGAGGGUACCUGGCAGGGAGUGUAGCUCCAGAACUGGUUUCUUCUGUGUGUUUCUAGGUCAGGGCCCUUGCUUUGCUUUGGAGCCUGGAAGCAGCUGCAGUUCAUUUUCAGUACUCUGUUUUGUUUGGAGAAGUUGGGUGUGUUGUGAAAACUGAGAACUUAGUAAGGUGGUAGUAAUUUGUGCAUAGUUAGUGACUUAAGUGUUAGAACUCCAUAUGCUAUGAAUAUUUGUGGUUGUUAAUCAAAUACACACCUAACAAAAUUUUAUUUACAGUAACUUAAUAUAUUGCAAACUUGUAAAUACUUUCAUCUUGUAAAGAAUGUAUGUAUAUAAAUCAAAAUUUUAUGUAAAGUUUGUUUUUACUUUUUGUGAUUAAAAUGCAUAUGGUGGUAAAUGUU